CGACAAGUUCAUUAAUUGAUUGGCACCUUGAGUUGAUCGUUGGGUUCACAAUUCUCCGAACGAGACGCACAAAGAUUUCUCUCUCAGGCGUUGGAGCCGCUCACACAGAAGAGGGUGGAUUUCAGCUACGGGUCCUACGCGGACGACAUGUUCCGCAUGGGCCUGUGCGAGGACGCGAAGGAGGUUGCCGCUCGGAUUUGCGAGUGGGACGACCAGCUGAAUGCACGCGUCAGCGCUCCCACAGGAAUGCCACAAAAUGUUGAGAGAAUUAUCUCAUCUAAAUCUUCCGUCCUUCGCUCGGACGAUCAUGCUUUUAUGAAUCAUUUGACGCUGCAGUGGCUCCGAGCUGCGGCACGCUGCUGGGUAGACGGCGAGAGAUCUUUGCACGAACGACUCGCCCCCGACUGCUCAAAGACAUGUCCGUGUGAGGUCAGGUCCGUGUCUCAGCUCGACCUGUUCUGCCCAGGAAGUGCUGACGGCAUGCGUCGACAGCAGAAUCCUCCGAGGUCGAACGCCGCUGCAGGCGAGCGCUGCCGGGGGCGAGCGGCGUGCAAAGAUGUAAGCUACUGUUGGCCCCUGCCGACGAUGAGUUCUCUCCCUCGGAGGAUCUCGGCCCCGACGCGGGGAGGCCUCCAGCCCAGGAUCUCGCGCGAUCCCAUGGAGAGGCCGGCAGGGGACAGACCCACCGGUUGUUGAGAGUAGGCGUUCCUGGAUGUCCAGAUUCCACUAUGGAGCUGCGCGCAGGAAACUAACAGUUUCAUGUCCUAAUCGUCGGUGCGACUCCGGAGGUGUGUCGCCGCGUCGUCCACGUUGGCCAGUUGAUCCCAGACAGACGCUGCAGAUGGAAAAAGGCAGCGGCACGCCUCCCCAGCGCCCUGCGCCC